AUGCGUUUAUUUGUGCUGUUAGCCUGCCUUGUGUUAACCUGCUCGGGUUAUGGGAAUAUGGUUGGUGCCCCUAGAGAAAUACCACCAGAGGAAGACACUUUUAAAACUUUAGGCCAGGAAUUGCAGAGAGUAACACAUAAGUUUAAUCGCGAACAGGGACUUCAAAACCUCCAUGUUGUAACCAAGGUACUUAAUGCCACUAGCCAGGUUGUUGCGGGCACCAAAUACACAUUAUUUGUUGAAUUUUCCCCGACAUCGUGCAAUACUGCCACUUCCAAUGACUUUUUAGCUGUUGAUACUGCGCUUUUCAGUGCAGAUUCAUGUACAGUUCUUGGUGGAGAAAGCAAAGUGUGCAAGGUAACUAUAUGGCAAAGACCGUGGCUCGGCCCAGAUCAGUCUGAGAUAAUCAAUAUUGUGGAUUGUUCCACAAAACUUACGUAA